AUGGCCCAAGAUGAAUCCACUACUGAAAUGAUCUCUGAUGUUGAUGAUACUGAUUGUGUUCAACCAGCAGACUGCAAUUUCCUGCGUAUUAAGAAGAGUAAACCUGCAAGUAAAACCACCAAUGACAAGGCAACGUAUCCCCUGUGGCAGCCAAUAUUCAAGCUUGAAUCCUCAGAUCCAGCACUUCCUAAUGCCCCCCUGUUCCCCAACGCACAUCCAAGAAGGACCAAGCACGCGGAUUUGAAAAAGGCAGUGAUCGAUGCUGCCAUUGCAAGUAGUCACCACAGACUACAUCAUCACUCAGAUCGGUCGCAUUCUCCCAUAGUUUUGGAUGCAAAGUUCAUACUGGAUCACACUAUGGCAGACAGUCCCGUGCUAGUUACUGCUCUUGACAUUACCGGCCAAGUAAUCCAAUCCGUAUCUGAGGAGGAUCUGGCUCAGUUUUCCUCGAUCCGUAUUCUACGAGCAGCAGAGAAUUCUGGUCUAUCCUUCGAAGCCGUAGCCGCACUAUCAGGUCUUUGGCAGCUUCAAAUGCCAUGCUGUCAGAUUGCAUCAAUCUCGCCAUCUUUAGGAGCCAAAUUCGAGCAACUUGAAAUAUUAGAUCUAUCCUUUAACCAUCUGAAAUCACCAUGUCUUUCCUCGUUGAGUGGAUUGACCUCUCUUAAACAACUCGACUUGACUUGUAACGACAUAUCGCAAAUUCCGAAAACCAUCGCUGCAGGAUUUCCCAAACUUCAAUCGUUAAUCUUGGAGAAAAACUCGAUAGCUUUGGAGCAGGAUUUGCAAACGUUGGGCCAGCUGCCCAGUUUACAGAUCUUGAAUUUGAGUGGAAAUCGAAUCAAAAGCCUGUCGCUAUUUUCUCGUGAUUCCGAGGCAUUUCCAAGUCAAAAGUAUCCCGGAUUUCCGCAGCUUUGUGAUUUAGACAUUCGAGGAAACCGCCUAGAAACUGCAGAAUCAGUCAUGCCUAUUGUUUACUUGCCCGUAUUGAAACAUGUCAGGCUUGAAAACAAUCCAUGUAUGCGUAACCAAACAAUUAGCAUUGUGGUCAAAUCCGACAAGACCAGCACCGAUAAUUCCGAAUUGUUGGGCUAUGCCAACUUCGACGUCAUCAAAGUCUUGCGCGAGUCAUAUGGAAUAUCGGUCGGCCAAGAAAUAAGAGAGACGGAAGCAAUACACACAGUGACGGAGCUGAAUGUUGACCUCUGGAGUAAUAAUGUAAAGGCAGAAGUGAUGGCCGACCAAGUCGACGCUACAAGUCCCGACGAUGAUCUGAAUGACCAAGAGCUAAUGGAUAUGGCAAACCAGGUCUUGAAAUCCGGCAAGAUGCCUCGAUUACGGGAUUUACGACGAAUCCUGGAAUCUCGGAAGCGGAAACGAGAGCAAGAUACUCCUACACCCGCAACACUCAAAUAUGAGCCAACGCUUCAAGACGCCACCUUCGUCACCCAUGUACAUAUCGAAGAAGAGAGGCCACAGGUGUCUGCAGCUGCAGAAGAAGAUGAUGUAGCCUUUGAUUCGGACGAUUCAGACACAUCGUCAACGGAAUCGUUAGAUUUACAAAUGCCGCAAGGUAUCCUGGCAUCUGUACGAGCCCUUCGUCAUGCACUCUCCCACCCGAAUGCCUAUAUCCGUAUGGCCAAAAUGUCAUUUUCAAAACCAACUCAAUCGUGGAAUCAACACCAUCCCAAAACCUUGUUGAGACCAACAUCGCCAGCAGCAUCACCACAUACCAAACCCAGCGGACCGGCUAUUAUUCUCAAUCACCGACGAAAGAGCAAUGUGGGUCAUAAACAGGAUGAAAGUAUCGAGGGUCGAGAGGAAGGCUGUAUUCAACCAGCGUCUUCUAUGUGGAAUACAGUCGCCGAUGAUAGAGAGAAACCUCGUGCAUUCGCUCCUAAACGACAACAGCAGCUCAAGCCUAUAAAGGCCCGGCAGGUGAAGGAAGCUCUGCAGAAGAAGGCAAAGGUCAUCCGUAGUAGGCCUCUUGAGACAAAAGACAUGGUUGAACAGUUCAGUCAAGUGGAAAAGAAGCUAAGGAAACUAGCCCUUGACAUUGCUGAAACCAUUGGUGAUGGAGCUGAUGAGUCUCUCGAAGAUCAAUAG